UACAUAUCCAAUCUUAAUCUUCUAUCACACAUUUAAUCUCUCUUUGUCCUUCUGUUCUAUAUAUUCAUUCUUCAUUUUUUAUCUCUUAUAUUUAAUCUUUUAUACGUAAUCUUUUAUACACAUAUAUAAAACUUUAUCUAUAUAUAAAACUUUAUUCGACGAAUAACAAUACAGUCGAGUACGAUACAGUUUUUUUUUUUGCUCAGAUCCGAAACGUUAUUUUCCAUCAUCGUCAUUGUUUGACGAGCGGAUCUGGCGAGGAGGAGAGGAUCGCGGAUGACAUUAACGACUUCCUCGACAGAUGCCGCUGCGCAACCUCGCAGUGCCCCUUUCGGCAGACGGCAGUUCACUUUGGCAGUUUCCGAUACUCCGGUACUCCCGAUGGUUACACGAGCGGCGCUGACUCGUCGGCGUGUGCGUGCGUGUGUGUAUAACAGCUGUGUGGCUGCUCGAGUUCGUCGCGUUUUCGGAGCCACGCACGGAUCUUCUCUCGUGGGAGACCCGAGUUACCGGAUGCGUCGUCUGUGAGCGGAAGCGGAGGAUCGUUGCGGACGGAGAGAGCGCGAGCGGGAGACCGACCGACGAGAGAAGCAGAGAGAAAGCGUGUUCCCGAGCGCGGUGCUAUGCCUCACCCAGAAUCGGCACGGGUGCGAUCGGUCACGCCGCCUCGACGAUCGCGGGGAUCCGCGAUGUAGCCCCCUCCUCCUCCUCCUCCUCCACUACCCGCCUAUAAUCCCGCUCUGCUCCCGCUUGCUUACCCCGCCGAGUCCGAGGAAAAAUACAGCACACACACACACUCUUUCUCUCUCUCUCUCUCUCGCGUCAUCGUCGCAACACCCCGGUCACAUCGAUGCGUCGUCACGCAACGUCGACGGGCUCACGCGCAACAACGCUCAUCACGGAUCUUGGCCACCGCCGCCGCCGCCGCCGCGUCGAGUCACCUGCUGCGACUACGCGCUCCUCGUCGUUAACGUCGCUGCCUCCCACAACAAGUGCCUUCUCACGACUCCUGUCGUACGGCCGUGCGAGCCUCCCGAUCGCAGGGGAGGCGGCGUGCAGUACGUGUCACCUGCCCCGGCGGUGAACGCGACGACGGGUCUUUGCCGAUUACCGCUUCGUCUAAUCCUGCCUUUGCGCCUCGAGAAGUGAAUCAGCUGGAAGUUGAGAGAGAAGAUGCAUUGCUGAGAAACGGCGCGAGAAACUGAGGGAUUGUCCGUUCGAGUAGUCGGGAGUGGCGAUUCCUCGGCACAUAACCUGAAAGAGACAAGAUGUCCCAGCUAAACAUCAACACGGGCAAGCGGGGGAGGGGGGUCGCGAGUACCUCCGCGUCGACCGUAUCCGCCCUGAGCAGCUCCACCGACUUGGCGAGUCUCUUCGAGUGUCCCGUCUGUUUCGACUACGUGCUUCCACCGAUCCUGCAAUGUCAGAGCGGACAUCUGGUCUGCACGAAUUGCAGGCCGAAGCUCUCCUGUUGCCCCACGUGCAGGGGUCCAUUGGGUAACAUUCGUAAUUUGGCCAUGGAGAAGGUGGCGAGUAAUGUGAUGUUCCCCUGCAAAUACUCCACCAGUGGCUGUACCGUUUCGCUGGUGCACACGGAGAAGGCAGAUCACGAGGAUGCAUGCGAGUUCCGUCCAUACAGCUGUCCCUGCCCGGGCGCGUCCUGCAAGUGGCAGGGGUCGCUGGAACAAGUGAUGCCGCAUCUUAUUAUGAGCCACAAAAGUAUUACGACCUUACAAGGUGAAGACAUUGUUUUUUUGGCAACUGAUAUUAAUCUCCCUGGAGCCGUGGAUUGGGUCAUGAUGCAGUCUUGUUUUGGCCACCACUUCAUGCUGGUGCUCGAGAAACAGGAGAAGUACGAUGGACAUCAACAGUUCUUCGCGAUUGUACAACUGAUCGGCUCCAGGAAGCAAGCAGAAAACUUUGCUUACAGACUAGAACUAAAUGGACAUAGGAGACGUCUCACGUGGGAAGCGAUGCCGCGUUCCAUUCACGAGGGUGUGUCGUCCGCGAUUUUAAAUUCUGACUGCCUUGUAUUUGACACCUCCAUCGCGCAGCUGUUCGCUGAUAAUGGGAACCUAGGAAUUAACGUUACGAUUUCUAUGGCCUGAGGAAAGCCAGAAAAAGCAGUGUAAAAAAGAAGAGGAAACAUUAUUCGGAACAUCAUUACUACUCGGAACACAUGUCGAGCAGUCCCUGGGAUCGUGGGUGCGGUAAAGUAUUCCAGUGGGACUGCCCGCUAUGCGUAGAGAAACUCGAAUUCUUUUUACGUUAUCAAAUGGAUAUUAGCAAUACACAGAGACAUUAAGGAAUGUUGUUUCGAGUUAUGUUGACGAUACACGCGGCAUUUGGAUGCUCAGUGCAGGACCGCCGUUGAAAAAGCUUUAAAGUGUUACUACUGAGGAAGUGAUAUCGAUAAUAUCACGGAGUUGAAUGUAAUAAACAUCUUUUCGUAUUCAUGCUGUGACUUUGGAGCUUUGAUGCUCAGCACGAUAUCGAAUUCCGAGAAAAAAAAAAAAAAAGAAAGUACCUGAUAUCCGCGUUAUUGUCACAUUACUCUUACUCAUUUCGCAUCGGAAAUUCUUUCACUCAUCAUAUCUCUUUGGCGAGAUACGACGCAUUAUAUUGGAUCAUACUGACAGCAAUUUUUUUCUUGUCUGUAUUUUAACGCUUUUCUGGACUUGGUACAGCGAGUGCGAGCAUUACAAGGCAAAUUUCACAAGUUUACUCUAUGAAUCUCGUCUGUGCUAUGAAUGUAAUUAAGUGCAUUUCGUUUUCCGCCGAUAUAUAUUUUUAUAUUAUUAUUAUUAUUUUGAUUUACAUAAAAUUCACUUUCUCGAGACCUUAAAAUAUACUUUCAUUCUUCAUAUUUUUAAUUUUACUAAGGGUCCUGUAUUGUAUUUUGUAUAUAACGCGAUAAAUUCGGUUUUUCGUAACUAACACAAAUGCAACUGUUUCGUUAUUCCGCAUUAUGAUUACGAAUUAGUGUUUUUUGCGAUAUUUAUACGCAAAUAGCAGUGAAAGGCAGAUCAGUUUUUCACGAUCUAGUCUGAAUAUCGAAGGAAGAUGCUAAUAUUUUUACAACAGUUGUAUUAACAGAUGGUGCGCGUUUCGAAAUGUAUUGAUAGCACUGGAAUAUCUAUGGCAUACGUGAGCUAUAGAUUUUCCGGACUGUCAAUACAUUUCCGGACGCAUCCAUGGUGUGGAGCAAUGUUCAAUUGCAGCAAAGUUCCUGUAAGCAAAAUAAAAAAAGGAAGUUUAAAAGUGA